AUGCCCGGCCAACUGCACCCCACCGUGGCCGUCUCGGCGCCGGGCAAGGUGCUGCUGGCGGGCGGCUACCUGGUGCUGGACCGCAAGUACACGGGGCUCGUCUUCGGGCUGAGCGCGCGCAUCAACGUCGUGGCGGGCGCCAUCCACACGAGCCAGGGCGUCCAGGUCAACGAGAUUGUCGUCGAGAGCCCGCAGUUCCUCGAGGCGCAGUGGCGGUACGGAUACCACCUGGCGUCGGAGAGGGGCGGCAUCAAGGUCACGCAGCUGCAAGUGGGCUCCAAGAUACAGGCAAACUCGUUUGUUGAGACAACGCUAAGCUACGCGCUCACAUACAUCGCGGCGCACUCGGCCGGAGGCCGGAUCAGCGCGGCGCGGCUCAUCGUCCUCGCCGACAACGACUACUACUCGCAGUCGACGCCGACGCCGGCGGACCCGGCGCGGGGCCGCUUCGCCAAGUUCGCGGUGCCGCUGAGCGGCGCCAACAAGACGGGGCUGGGCUCCUCGGCGGCGCUCGUCACGUCGCUCACGGCGGCGCUGCUCAGCCACUACCUCCCGCGCGAGGCCUUCGACGCCGCCACGCCCGAGGGCCGGCGCACGCUGCACAACCUCGCGCAGGCGGCGCACUGCGCGGCCCAGGGCAAGGUCGGGUCCGGGUUCGACGUCGCGGCCGCCGUGUACGGCUCCUGCACGUACCGGCGCUUCUCGCCCGCCGUGCUCGCCUCGCUGCCCGAGCCGGGAUCCCCCGGGUUCAGCGACCGGCUCGUCGCGGCGGUGGACGACGGCGACGGCGCGUGGGACGUCGAGGUCGAGGGCGACGACGACCUGGGGAUACCGGCGGGCGUGGCGCUGCGCAUGUGCGACGUCGACUGCGGCAGCCAGACGGUCGGCAUGGUCAAGAAGGUGCUCGCGUGGCGGGCCGGCCCCGACGCCGACCACGCCAAGCAGCUAUGGGACGACCUGCAGGACCGCAACGAGGCGCUCGCGGCGGCCCUGCGCGACGGCCAGCCCGACGAGCUCUCCGGCGCGCUCGACGCCGUGCGCGAGCGCAUCCGCGAGAUGGGCCGCCGCAGCGGCGUGCCCAUCGAGCCCGACACCCAGACGGAGCUUCUGGACGCGCUCGGCGCCGUCGAGGGCGUGUACGGCGGCGUCGUCCCCGGCGCGGGGGGGUACGACGCCCUGGCGCUGCUGAUGCGCGACGACGACGACACGGCGCGCCGGGUCGAGGCCCGCCUCGCGGCGUGGAGCAAGGACAAGGGCUCGCGCGUCAGGCUGCUCGACGUCAAGGGCGAGACCGAGGGCGUGCGCCUCGAGAGCCUGGACUUGUACCGCGGGUGGCUGGAGUGA